AUGGUGAUGGGGAGGUUCAAACGUUUCAUCUCUGAAUUGUUUGGUGGAUUGGCUCUUAUUCUUCUGGUUCAUGCUCAGGAUCAAUCAGACUUCAUAAGCAUAGAUUGUGGGUUGCCAGAAAAUUCGAGCUAUACAGAGUGGAGCACAGGCGUAGAUUACAUUUCUGACGCGGGAUUCAUAGACUCUGGCAUAAAUAGGCAGAUAUCAACUGAAUUUAAAGUUGAUCUUCAACGACAAGUAUGGAGUCUCAGAAGCUUUCCUGAAGGAAUCCGAAACUGUUACAGCAUAAGGAUUACGCAAGGCACCAAGUAUCUGAUCCGAGCAACUUUCUUCUAUGGAAAUUAUGACGGAGAAAGUAAGUUACCAGAAUUUGAUGUUCAUCUAGGAGCAAAUAUGUGGAAUACCAUCAAAAUAACGAAUGUAUCCAAUGCUUUCGUUAAGGAGCUGAUACAUGUACCACCUCUAAAUUAUAUACAACUUUGUCUUGUAAACACGCAACGUGGGACACCGUUUAUAUCUGCAAUAGAGUUAAGGCCACUGCCCAAUUCGUCGUAUGUGACAACAGAUGGAUCACUAGAACGCUUUUGGCGCGUGGAUGUUGGUUCCGAAAGCAAUUCACCAUACAGGUAUAAAUACGAUGUUUAUGAUCGCAUUUGGUGGCCCUAUAAUUACGAAGAGUGGACAGGUCUUAGUACCUCGCUUACCAUUGAAUCCCGAAGUUCCAAUCCUUCUCGGCCACCAUCUGUUGUCAUGAGUACUGCUGCCACACCAAUUAAUGAUAGUGCUUCCUUGAACUUUUACUGGGAGCCAGAGGAUGCAACUUCAAAAUAUUAUAUCUACAUGCACUUUGCCGAAGUUGUAAAGCUAAAAGCCAACCAGUCCAGAUCAUUCAACGUUACACUAAAUGGGAAGCACUGGUAUGGACCUUAUGUUCCAGAGUAUUUGUGGACAUUCAUUAUGUAUAGCACGGAUGCAUUGAUUAGUACUGGAGGAAAAUAUUUUUUUUCACUCGUGAAAACUGAAAAUUCAACACUUCCACCCAUCAUCAAUGCAAUUGAGGUAUAUUCAGUGAAAAAUCUCUUGCAAUCAGAAACUGACCAAGAAGAUGUUGGUGCUAUAACAAAGAUCAAGUCAACUUAUGGAGUAAAGAGAAACUGGCAAGGAGAUCCGUGCGCCCCACAAGCAUACUUGUGGGAAGGUCUAAAUUGUAGCUAUGAUGGUUAUAAUGCCCCAAGAGUAAUAUCCUUGAAUUUGUCCUCAAGUGAAUUGACUGGAGCAAUUUCUGCUGACAUAUCAACUCUCGUAAUGUUACAAUAUUUGGAUUUAUCAAACAAUAGCUUAACCGGAUUAGUGCCUGAAUUUUUGUCACAAUUGCAAUAUUUGGAGGUCUUAAACUUAGAACGAAAUCAGCUCAGUGGUUCUAUUCCAGCUGAACUCAUAAAAAGAUCGAAGAGUGGUUCACUAUUGUUAAGUGUGGGAGAAAAUUCAAACCUUUGUGCAUCAAAUUCAUGUGAGAGGAAAAAGUCGAAGAACAAUAUUGUCGUUUUAAUACUGGCAUCAGUUGUUGGUUUGCUCAUCCUGUCAUUGACUAUAGCGGCUAUCUUUUGUGGGCUCACAAGGAGGAAAAAACAAGAUAAGACUAGAGUUGCGCUAGUUGAUACUGAACCAAACGUCCAGAAUCGGCCACUGGAGUCAAUGCAACGACAAGUGACAUAUUCUGAUCUCCAAAGAAUCACCAACAACUUUGAGAGGAUUCUUGGCAAGGGUGGAUUUGGAACAGUUUACUAUGGCUGCAUGGAUGGAAUUCGUGUAGCAGUAAAGGUGUUUUCUCCAUCAUCAGUUCAAGGGUAUCAACAAUUUCAAGCAGAGGUAAAACUUCUUGUGAGAGUUCAUCAUAAAAACUUGACUACCCUUGUCGGGUAUUGCUACGAAGGAACCAACAUGGGGCUCGUUUAUGAGUACAUGGCCAACAGAGACUUAGAAGCACAAUUGUCAGGUCAUAAUACAAAUAUCUUGAGUUGGCAAGCAAGACUUCAAAUAGCAAUUGAUGCAGCUGAAGGUUUGGAGUAUUUGCAUCAUGGUUGUAAGCCACCCAUAAUCCAUAGGGAUGUGAAGACCACAAACAUUUUGUUGAAUGAAAAGUUCAAUGCCAAACUAGGUGAUUUUGGUCUAUCAAAGAUUUUCCAAACUGAUAGCGGAACACAUGUGUCAACAAAUGUUGUUGGCACCCCUGGAUACCUGGACCCUGAGUACUACAAGUCGAACUGGUUAAAUGAAAAAAGUGAUGUAUACAGCUUUGGAGUUGUUCUAUUAAAGAUUAUCACAAAUCGACCUGUGAUAGGAAGAUCCCAAGAUAGGACUCACAUAAGCCAGUGGGUGAGUUUCAUGCUUGCUAAAGGGGACAUUCAAAAUAUUGUUGAUCCAAGGUUGGGUGGAGAUUUCGAUGUUAACUCGGUCUGGAAAGCUGUUGAAGUAGCAGUGGUUUGUGUAUCUCCAACUUCCAGUAGAAGGCCAACGAUGAAUCAGGUACUCACAGAACUAAAGGAAAGUUUGACAACCGAAUUAUCUCAAAAGAUGGAGGGCUAUGGGGUUGAACUCAAAGAUUCAUUUGAUAUGAUCAAUAUGGAUCUCGAUACUGAACUCAAUCCUUUAGCAAGGUAA